AUGGCGGCCAGCAGGAGACUGAUGAAGAAGCUUGAAGAGAUCAGCAAAUGUGGAAUGAAAAAGUUCCAUAACAUCCAGCUUGAUCAAGCUAAUUUAUUGACUUGGCAAGGGCUUAUUUUUUCUGACAACCCUCCAUAUGAUAAUGGGGCCUUCAGAAUUGAAAUCAGCUUUUCAGCAGAGUAUCCGUUCAAACCACCCAAGAUCACAUUUAAAACCAAGAUCUACCACCCUAACAUUGAUGAGAAGGGACAGGUCUGUCUGCUGGUAAUUAGCUCUGAAAACUGGAAGCCAACCACCAAAACCAACCAAGUAAUCCAGUCCCUCAUAGCACUGGUGAACGACCCCCAGCCUGAGCACCCACUCAACAGGCAGACCCCAUGCUCUGAACCCGUGGUCAGGACCGUAAAAAAAUUCUGUAAGAAUGCUGAAGAGUUUACAAAGAAAUAG